AUGCUUAUCGGUCUUGUUCUGGCAUUGGCAAUUAGUCAAGCGCACUGUCUCGUCGCCAAAGCUGUGCAAGCGAACACUUCUUCUAAAACUACCACGCCUCUUUUCGUAAAGGAUGGCAACGAGUUCAAGCCUUAUGACCCUUUCGACUUCAAGGACUGGGCCCCUGAACCCUCCUUCUACAAAGGACUUCAUAUGAUCGAGAAAACCAUAGAAGUUGAUGGCCAAAAGUUAACCUAUCAGGAUUUCAACAUGUCUUCCCUCAGUCUGGAGGAUUUUAAAACCCAUGUCAUGAAUACUGAAGACUUCCUUGAUGCCAGUGGGAAGUUCCUCCCAUCGAAUGAGGAGGUUAAGGCUUACCAGUAUGUCCCCAUCCUUCGGAGCUUUUGCUAUUCUAGGACGUAUGGUGAUAACCAGAUUUCCAGGAAGUCGCUUAUUGCCAACGAAGAAGAUCCCAAUGCCAAGCUUGUCCUCCCAAAGAGUCUCAACAAGAGGGCUUGUGUCUACGAUGGUGACAGAUGCUCUGCCCAGUGCACUAAUCUUAUCUCGCGCGGCAUUCGCCAGUCUUUGAACACCAAUGUAUACGGAGCAUACCACUAUGUAUCAGGUUCUCUUUGUGGCACUGGUUCUAUCUCCAAGUCUGUGUCAGUCACACAUCCGUCUGGCGUCUCCAUAGGAGCAUAUGGAACAAUCCCUGGGUUUGGAAAAGGCUGGGUUAAGACGGUAUCAACGUUCUUUAGCACCUUUGGCAUUUUCCCCACCAAAGGCGCUGACUCCGUCACCACCAAUAUCUCUUACAGUGGAACCUGUGGUCCUUUUAAUGUCUGUUUCCUCUGGGAAAGACCUCACUUUUCAGUGGACAAGGGUGUCAUAGUAACCCAGUUCAUCGAUGUAGCUACGAGGCGAGCAUGCAGAAAACCUCAGGUUACUCCCUACGAAGCUCAUGUUAUGCACAGCGAGAGGGAUCCCGGCGGUGCCACUUCUAACGGUAUCUGCUACUCUAUGGGCAACCACGGAUGCGGUAGUCGAGUUGAUGCCUCAAACACUCUCCAACGCUGCCCUAAUAACUAUUAG